AUGUCUGAUUCGGGAUCUGCUCCAGAGGUGACCCCGCCCGAGGCGACUACUGCCAUCCAGGAUGCCGCGGCCGAGGCUCGCAAGAAGGAGCUCGCUGAGAACCUUGUCGUCUUCGCCGAGAGAGGUUGGAACAACCCCGUUCCCUUCAACUAUAGCUCGGUCCAAGCUGGUGAGGGUGCGCCUGACGCUCGUGAUGGCGUCGCCUGGCUUGGUAACGCCGCUGUCUACGAAUGGGACGAUGAGUUUGGUGAUGUCGCUCCCAGGAACGAGGCUCUCGAGAGGGAGCUUUUCCUCGAUGACAACAUUGCUCGUGCUGGCGGUGCCAUCAAAGCUCUCGAGUUCCAUGUCGAUGUCAUGUCUACUGACGCUGAGAACCCGAUUCGCCCUUUCGAGGAUGCUGGACUGCAUCCUGUGAUGCUUGACAAUGUCAAGCUUUGCAAGUAUACUCAGCCGACUCCGAUCCAGUGUUACACGAUUCCGGCUGUGCUCACUGGACAUGAUGUUGUUGCCAUUGCGCAGACUGGUUCUGGAAAAACCGCAGCAUACCUUCUUCCAGUGCUCUCCAAGCUCAUGGGGAAGGCGAAAAUGCUCGCGGCCCCUCGACCUAACCCUGCGCGCUACAACCCUAUGACUGAUAGAGUUCGAGCCGAGCCACUCGUUCUGGUUGUCUGCCCGACUCGUGAGCUGGCUUGCCAGAUCUUCGACGAGGCUCGGCGCCUCUGCUACCGGACCAUGCUCCGUCCUUGUGUCAUCUAUGGCGGUGCCCCUUCCCGUGGCCAGCGUGAGUCCCUCGAGAUGGGCUGCGAUGUCCUCAUCGCCACCCCGGGUCGCCUCAUGGACUUCAUACAGAAUGACAAGUUGCUCUCCUUCCAUCGGUUGAAGUUUACAAUCAUCGAUGAAGCUGACGAGCUGCUCUCUGCUGGCUGGGAGGAGGCUAUGGAGAGACUCUUCAAUGGCCCAGAUAUGAACGCUGACAGCGAUCAUACCUACAUGAUGUUCUCCGCGACCUUCCCCAAGGAAGCACGCCGCCUGGCUCGCGAGUACAUGGAUGAGGACUAUGUUCGCAUCAAGGUCGGUCGUGUCGGAAGCACCCACAAGAACAUCACGCAGAGUGUGGUCUAUGUCGAAGAGUCCCAGAAAGACCAGGCUGUCUUCGACCUUAUCAAGUCGGGUCCCGCUCAGCGCACCUUGGUCUUCGUCAACACCAAGGUCAAGUGUGACUCCGUUGACGACUUCCUCUAUAACCGGGGUUUGCCGACCACCUCACUCCACUCCGAUCGCACUCAGCGUGAGCGUGAGGAUGCCCUGCGUUCCUUCCGUACUGCCAAGGCCCCCAUACUGAUUGCUACCGGCGUAUCUGCGCGUGGUCUUGACGUCGCCAACGUGAAGCAUAUCAUCAACUACGACUUGCCUUCUACCCAGCACGAUGGCAUUACGGAGUAUAUUCACCGUAUCGGCCGGACUGCUCGUAUUGGCAACGAAGGCAUGGCGACCUCUUUCUACAACGAGCGUAACGAGGACAUCGCGGAAGAUCUGGUCAAGAUCCUUCUAGAGUCCGAGCAGCAGGUCCCCGAUUUCCUCCAGGACAGAAUCCCCGAAGACCCCAAGAACCUCGAGUGGCAUGACGGCACUGACGAUGAGGAUGAGGAUGGAGAUGCUGCUGGCUUCGGUGGCGGCUUCGGCGACGCUUCUGGUAGCGGCUUCGAUAGUGGUUUCGGUGACACUUCUGGUGGCGGCUUCGAUAGCGGUUUCGGCGACAAUUCUGGCGACGCUUCUGCCGAUGCUGGUGAUGGUGCCAACAAGUUUGAGUCUUGGUAAUUGCUUGAGCAGCGGAAGAGGCCAUGACUCUAUUCCACUUUGUCGAGGCACAUUUCCUUCCGAACAAGCAGGACGUCUUUGCAAGACUUCCGAUACCAACGAGCCAUUCCCCAAUGCCCACAAGCCAUCACUCGCUCACCUGAAGAUGUCCCAUAACGAGGUUGCCCCGAUGGAUGGCUUGAGAUUACCCUGGAUUGAAGAUCCUACGCGUACGUGAUCGAGAAAUCGCCUUGAAUAUCGCGUCUCUCCUGACACCCAUGAACGGCUAGAUAGAUCGAUAAUCACGUACAUACAAU